GCGUUCAUAGCUUUUUCCACUAUUAAUGUAGCCUAUAACCUGUGGAACUAAAUUGAAAACUUGUUUAGCUUGGUUUUCAUUCCCCCACCAGAGAUACAAAAACAACAUAGAAGUACUUAUUCGCAAGGCUUGGGCAAAGAGCGAAGUGCCUCAGAUAAAACGUCAGUCUAUUUGUUGAAGGGUGGGAUGCAAGGUGUGAAAGUUCCGCUUGAGGGCGCUGUUUAAUUUCUAAUGUCUUCAAGCCGCUCCAUUGAGGUGACUCUUGAAGCACAUUCUUUGACUCGACCAGCGGUUUCCAUGCCGACCGAGCAGCCUCAACGGACGCUCAAAUGUCAACAAUAACGAUUUAGCGAUCAACUCUCCCGAGGAAAUUAAAGCCGGGUAAAAUAAGUCAAUUCGAUUUACUGUAGAUAUGGACUUUAGGAUGAAAGCGUGUCAAGUGAGGAGGAAUCAGACUGAGUUGAAAACGUGUUCAUGACGCUUGUUGCUUUUGUCAGUCGCACUUGGUUGCCUUUAUGGUCCUGUCAGGCUCACUUUCAUCUUUUAAUUAGGGCGCACAACUAGGAAACAUCCUUAUUUAGGAGAGUUGUUUUCUUCCAGUUAUGUUUCAUAAUUGAGACAGAUUCGUACUCGAUUGGUUUUGAAGGGGUUCCAAACAGGUCAUGACCGAAGUUCGCGUCCGCGUGGCGGUUCGGUUGCGUCCCCUUCUACCUAGGGAGCUCCUGCACGCCCACCGGGAAUGUCUGCGUGUGGUUCCCGGCGCCCCGCAGGUUAUUCUCGGCUCCGACCAGCUUUUCUCUUUCGAUCACGCCUUCGGGCCGACCGCCACCCAGGGUGAAGUGUAUGAGUCGUGCGUGAGGCCGCUGACCAGAUGCCUGCUGGACGGAAUCAACGCCACCGUCUUCUGCUACGGGCAGACCGGCUCCGGGAAGACCUACACGCUCGGUGGUGGCAAGAUGGAUUCAGAAGGAGGCAUCAUCUCAUGCUUGGCCAAGGAUGUGUUCUCGCUGCUCGACAAAAGGCAGCACAGCAACGGCAUGGAAGUGACCGUGCGAGUGUCGUAUUUGGAGCUGUACAAGGAGGAGCUGCGUGACCUUCUGGAGCUCGAUACCUCUCACAAAGACCUUCAGAUCAGAGACGACUUUAAGGGAAACACAGUGGUUGUGGGUGCCAAGGAAGUGGUGGUCUCCUCCUCCGAAGAGCUCCUCAACGUCUUGGAGUUGGGCAAUGCGUUGCGCCAAACGGGCACCACCCGUAUGAACGAGCACUCAAGCCGCUCCCACACCGUCCUCACGCUGUGGCUCCGCCAGAGACUCCCCGCCGGGCCUGAUAGACCAGAGCGCCUCUCAAAGUUCUGCGUGGUGGAUUUGGCUGGAUCGGAGCGUGUGGGCAAGACUGGAAACACGGGUGUCCGCUUCGAGGAGUCGGUGCACAUUAACACGGGCCUGCUGGCGCUGGGCAACGUCAUACGGGCCUUGGCCCAUCCCGGGCGUCAACGCAGCAGCUACAUUCCGUACCGCCACGCCAAGAUCACCCGGCUCCUACGGGACUCGUUGGGGGGCAACGCCUGCACCCUCAUGAUGGCGUGCGUAAGCCCGUCUCACCACAGCUUUGCCGAGAGCUUGAGCGUGCUCAAAUUCGCCUCCAAGUCUCACCGCAUUCGUCACCAUGUCGAGAUGGCAAUGCCCGAACAAGACUCUGAGGAGACCACCAUGUUGACUUCUGAUGACCCGACUAACAAGGACAUCCAGCCUCCAUCAGGAACUGAUUCCACAGCAGAACAGGAAGUGAGCCCCAGGGAAGCGUCUUCCUACUCCUCACUGGUGCAGCAGGCUGCGGCUCUCCUCGCAGAGGUCUGCGGACCCGAAUCUCAAAACGACGCUUUGAUAGGCAAAGUGCACGAGUGGCAGAAGAGGGCGAAGGCCGUCAGCCAAUCAUGUUGCGACGAUGACGUCAGCUGGUCAGAUGAGAGAGACUCGCCCCACCUGGUCACCAUCUCACAGCUUAGACAGGACCUCAAGAAGUGUCAGGAGUCUCUAGAGACAGAAGCCCAACUCGUGGCACAAAAAGAUGCCAAACUGAAACAAGUACAAAAAGAAGCGCAAGAACUCUUACAGAAGCAAAACAUCCUCCUGCAGACCUUUUGCGAAGAGAAGGCGCAGACGGAGCGAAUGGUGGACCAGCAGAUUCUGAUCGACCGCCUCCGCUGCGACCUGAUGGCCUUGCGGGGCAAAGGGUCAGCUGACUCCUGUAAGGCUCACCACAGACCACACAGUGCCAGCUUGAUACGACCCAGCUGUGGACACAUGUUGAUCAGUAAGCUUCGUCCCUGUCUGCCUACCGAGUCGCUAGAGAGGCUGAUGGCAACUUUUAAGAUAAGCAACCAGCUUCUCCAAAGUCAGGAGGAAGUGAAGGAUUUCUGUCCACUGCUGAAACAAACGGGAGAAAUACAAGGUCAACAGAAGGACAAUUUUGUUAGUGGACUUGGCUGGACCAGCAGGCAGAAGAAAUCAGCCCUGAAAGAAAAAGUCUUUGGAAUAGACCAACCAUCAAAACAAACAACUCAGCAGGCCACAUGGACCAAGCGACAAGCCACUGGGCGCAGUCGCCUGAAAGAUCAGAGGCAGAGAGCCGGUCUAAUCCAGAGGAGGAUUCAGAUGUUGUCAACAAACAUGUCCUUAAAAGAGGAGCUUGUCAAAGAAAUGGAAAAAACUGAGAAAGAAACGCUGGCGGCAGUCCGGCGCGAAGCGGGCGACCACCGAGAGGACGACGCGCUGGCUUGGCUGUCGGAGCAGAGCCGGCAGGCCCGCUUGGCGCUGCGUCACAGCCUGCAGCACAUGGAUCUGCAAAGGGCUCAGCUGCAGAGGAGCCUCAGGCGGCCCAGCCCGGAGAGUAGUGAAAACUCAGCAGAUUCAGAGCCUGACAGGCUGGACAGUGUUCGAGAAAGCAUAAACAAACUGUGGCCAAAGGAAAAGGCAGACGAGCCUUGUUGGCUGGAUGAGGCCGAAGAGCUGGAGCUGCUGCGGAGAGCCGCUCAACGGGAGCUGGAUGAAGAGUUGAGCAAGAGUGAGGAGGUGCGCCAGCGUAGGGAUGCGUGCCAGCAGCGCAAGAACGCACUGGAGACGGAGAGGCUGCGCUCCAGCCAGGUUUUGAGUCAGGACCUGCUGCGCGUGUCAAUGCGCUUGGAAACGCUGGAAGAGAAGACGGCGAGUGGUUCCAAGCAGGCGGCCAUGACGGAGCUGGAGAAAGAGAAAGAGAUGCUGAAACAGAAGAGAGAUAGCCUGGAUUCAAAGCUCAAGGACAGCGCGGUGCUCACUGUGGAGGAGGAGCAGUUGGAAGAAGCCGUGCAGGUCCUGGAAGCAGAGCUGGACUUCAAGCAGCGUUGCAUCCAAGACAAACAGGAGAAAGCCUGGAGCUCGUCGCAGCGACACAGCGCAUGCGUCUCCGACAUCACCGGGAAGCUAAGGGGGCUCUCGCAAUCCCAAGCUUCUGAGCUGCUCGUCAAAUACUUUGGCAAAGUGAUGGACCUUCGCCAAGCGGAAGCUUGUUUGCGAUUAUACUGUGAGGAGCUGGAGAUUUACUGUGCGGAGCAGGAGGAAGCACGUACGGAGCUGGAAGCCGCUGUGCAGAACUUGGCCUUGGACGCUGACCGCAGGCUCACCCAGCAGCAGCAGGAACACCACAGGAACAUGCGUUUUCUCAUGAGCAAACUCAAAGAGGGAGCUUCGUCAGGAGAAGCCCAGGAGGUGAUCAAGGGGCGUGUGCAAAACUUGGAGAAGGAGUUGUUCUUCUACAAGCACUGCAGCCGCAAGCUGAGGAAGCAGCUCAAAGAGUCCCAGUGCGCUGACCACAGUCCCCGCACUGAGGAGACUCUCCCGGAACUCAACUUGUCCAAAGACGGCAAAAGAUUUUCACGCCACCAGAGCCCAUCUUCGUCAUCUUCGUCGGCCGAGAACGCCAAAACCCCUGUCGACCACCAGAUUGGCGCGAUAGCCCGUUGCCACGGUUAUAGCGAACGCCGGCCACCUCACCCCCACGGGACGCGAGCCACCGUGGCGCUGCAUCGCAGGAAGCUGCGGGAGCUGACAGGGCCGGCGCGGGACUCCGUGGUGGACACCGGUAUCGAGAUGCUGUCGGACGACUCCCUGGAAGUGUCCACCGGCAGUGAAACACACGACUGUAGCAAUGUGAGGUCAGUGGGCCUUGACUCGUAAUUUUUACAAAUGUCUUUUCUUAGUUAAACAACUAAACAUUGCAUUAAGGUCAUGUCACAAAUACUUUUUUAAUUGUAUGAAUUAAUAUUAUGGUCACACACACGAUAGAAAAACACAAGACUCCAUUUUAUGUUGUUUUGUUUGUAACACUGCAAGACAGAACAAAUCCUGUUAGCUUUAAUAUUAGAAAAUGUUUGCUUGAACAGAAUCUUAGUUUUAAUAUUGAGAGGGAAAGAUUUUAUUCGACAUAGCUGUUGAUGUAAUUGUGUGAUUUUUAGAUUUAGACUCAACUUUAUUCAUCCCUUGGGAUUGCUCCCUCGGGAAAUUCUGGUUACAGUAGUUUACACAGAAAAAGUGCAAACGAGAAUACACAUUGCACAUGAGGAACAAAAAAAGAGGAGAGUAAUAAAUAAAGCGCAGAGCAAUAAAUAGUGUUGAGUAAGAAAUAAAUAAUAACAUUAAUAAUAAAUAAUAUGUCAAGUAAUAGUGUUGAAGGUGUCAAAAAUCAAAAACUUGGGUAUGCCAAUCAUGUGAGGUCUACCUUUGUAAUAUUGACAAAAAUCAUAACUCUUAUGAGAUUUU